UUACUGAAAGGCGACUCCCACCCUUCCCCUCCUCCCUCACUGACACACACUCUUAUAUUUGUAUUUCCUACCCUUGCACACUUCACACUUUGACAUUCACCCAUUUCAACCACUCUCCUACAAAGACACCACUUCUGACUCUACUAAUUAUCUUCAAUACCAAACACACGCAUGCACACGCACGUGCAAAACACACACUACUGUGUGUGUGUGUUUUUUGGCCAAUGGUUUUCCAAUGAAGCGUUUCUUUGGGCUGGUGUUGGAGCGACUGGUGUUUGUGUCAAAGAACCUCAGACUGAGUCAAUGCAGAAAACAGAAGAAGAAGAAACUCAGAACCAGGAAAACCAAACCAUUGGUGAUUCUGACGGUUUACCUCAAUGACACCCAGCAGAUGCUAACUGAGGUCCCAGUUACUCCGGCAACCAGAGUGAUUGACGUUGUCGAAUACUGCAAAGAAGCCGGCGAGGGGGAGUGUCACUUAGCUGAAGUAUGGAAUGGGCAUGAGCGCGUUCUCCCUCAGGAGGUGUUAUUGUUGGAUCUCCUCCAGCAGUGGGGAGCCAGGAGGCCGGAGGUCAGCUUCUACCUCAGACACUGCCCCUCUUGGACACAAGGAAGUCCGCAGCCUUUGGAGCAGAGCUGGACCACAGAAGCAACAGAGAGUGCUAAUGACAGGGUUCCCCGUGUGGAGCUGACCCUCUCUGAGCUCCAGGAAAUGGCCACUAGACAACAGCAACAAAUAGAGGCUCAGCAACAGAUGUUGGUCGCCAAGGAGCAGAGACUGAGGUAUCUUCACCAAGGAGGCAGAUCUAACCAGGGACAGACGCAGUCUGAAGCUGAGAAGCUGCAGCGGCUGAAGGAGCGAGUGGAGACUCAGGAAGCCAAGCUGAAGAAGAUCCGAGCCAUGAGAGGACAAGUCGACUACAGCAAACUGAUCAACGGAAACCUCUCUGCAGAGAUUGACCAUGUCAGCAGCCUGUUCCAGGAGAAGCAGGCAGAACUGCAGUCCGCGGUGGUCAGAGUCGACCAGUUGACCCAGCAGCUGGAGGAUUUAAGGAAAGGACGCCUUCAGCUACACCCUGUUGCACCAGCUCAGGUGGCACACACCGGGUCCCAGGGGGCACCCACUGGCCAGAAAGGCUCACCCCUGUCUGGUCCUGCAGCCCUGGAACUGAGGAAACUCUACCAGGAGCUGCAGGCUCGUAACCGUCAUAACCUGGAGCAGAGCAGCAAGUUGGCUCAGAACAAGGAACUGCUGAACAAGAGGAACGCCCAGGUGACGGUGAUGGAUCAACGCAUCGGAGACCUGAGAGAACGACUGCAUAAGAAGAGAGCAGAGUUGAGUCGUAUGAAUGGAGCAGGCCUGUCCUCGCCGCAGACCUCUUCCCACCCAGGAGGUGGAGUUUCAGGGCGAGUAGCAGCAGUCUGCCCUUACGUCCAGGUUCCAGCAGAGGGGAGACAGGAGGGGGGGUACCCCCUGCCAGCUGAUCCACCGCCCAAACCCACCCCGCUCAGCCACAUCCGCUCCCUCUCAGAGGAGGACAGGAGUGGCAUCAGGAAGCCUCCUAGCCAAUGGAAAGUGUCAGAUUUAGACAUCGUCCUGUCAGAGCCCACUGAGACGUGGGAGGGACCUCAGUUCCCUCAGGGGGGCGACAGUAACAACACUAAUGAAGCGUCGUGGCCUAGCAUCAGUAAGAGUGUGUCAGAUUGGAGGACCAACAGUCCAGAACAGCUUCCCUCUGGUUAUGGUACCUACCCCAGUGCCACCCACCAGGCGGCAGGGCAUCACAAUGCUACCAGCUCCCUGCCCCGUUCUGCCCCUGGUACACUGGGCUGGCCCCGAUCCACUGCUGCAAAUGCCACCUCAUCGUCCUCUUUAUCAUCUUCCUCUUCACAACAAAUACAGCAACGGAUCUCCGUCCCUCCAAAUUCAAGCCAAGGCUCCGCCUCCCAGCCAUCUCCCUUGUCCCCACAAACAGAGCGAACAGAUCCCCCUCCAGCGGUGGCUGUGCGUCCCUACGUUCCGGACCACCCCUCCAGGCCCCAGUCCCCCAGGAAGGGCCCCGCCACCAUGAACAGCAGCUCCAUCUACAGCAUGUAUCUCCAGCAGCCUCAGGCCAAAAACUAUGGAUCUCUUAGCAACAGGACUACUGUCAAAGCAGUCUAUGGUAAACCCAUCCUCCCCACCUCCUCCACUUCUCCAUCCCCUGUCCCUUUUCUCCAGGGAGGAGGAGGAGGAGGAGGAGGAGUAAGAGCAGGAGGAGAAGAUGUUACAGAUAAAGAAGGAGGGAAAGGAGGAGGUGAGAGCAGUGAUGGGCAAAUCCUCCCACCUCCCACUGUUGACAACAUCCCUCGUCCUCUUAGUCCCACUAAGCUCACCCCAGUCGCCCACUCCCAGCUACGUUACCAGAGUGAUGCCGAUCUGGAGGUUCUCCGCCGACGUCUCAGCAACGCACCACGACCCCUGAAAAAACGGAGCUCAAUCACAGAGCCUGAGGGCCCGCAGGGGCCAAACAUCCAAAAACUACUGUACCAGAGGUUCAACACGUUGGCGGGAGGCAUGGAAGGAGGCUCAGGCAAUACUUUCUACCAGCCUGACUGCCUUUUGGGUGAAAUGGACAACAUCCAUUCAGCAAAUGGGAACGCAGAACCUGGUGACAAGCACGACAGUAUGGCAGCCGUGGAAGGCGAAGUUCAAAACCUGAACUCGGGCUCCCGCCGAUUGUCCCCUCUUUCUGGUGCCGUAGAAACACCCAAAGAGACGACAGCAAAAGCAGAAACUACCAAUAACGUGUCUCCACCGACCCGAACCAGCCCACCCCCUGCACCUGAUAGGCCAGAGGACCAGAACAAUAACAACCAGAGAGGAUCUAGUCCUGCACACAACUCUGUAGGCCACGCCUCCCCUUCAACAUCACCUCCUGCCCCCCCUUCACUGCCUAAGGUGAAGCGGACCAACCUGAAGAAGCCGUCAUCAGAGCGAACAGGCCACGGUCUGAGAGUGAAGUUUAACCCUCUAGCUCUGCUGCUGGACGCAUCGUUAGAGGGAGAGUUUGAUCUGGUGCAGAGAAUUAUAUAUGAGGUGGAAAAUCCCAGUAUGCCUAACGAUGAAGGCAUAACUCCUCUUCAUAACGCUGUCUGCGCCGGCCAUCACCAUAUUGUGAAGUUCCUGCUGGACUUUGGAGUCAACGUAAACGCAGCCGACAGUGACGGAUGGACUCCUCUGCACUGUGCAGCUUCAUGUAACAGCGUCCACCUCUGUAAGAUGCUGGUGGAGUCGGGGGCCGCCAUUUUCGCCACGACAAUUAGCGACGUGGAAACGGCGGCAGACAAAUGUGAAGAAAUGGAGGAGGGCUAUACACAGUGUUCUCAGUUCCUCUACGGUGUCCAAGAAAAGUUGGGUGUGAUGAACAAAGGCUUGGUCUACACUCUCUGGGACUACACGGCCCAGCAAGCCGAUGAGCUGUCCUUCAGCGAGGGCGACGCCCUCACCGUGCUGCGUCGGCGUGACGACACUGAGACAGAGUGGUGGUGGGCACGGCUUAACGACCGAGAGGGAUAUAUACCCAGAAACCUACUGGGGCUGUAUCCAAGAAUCAAACCCAGACAACGCUCACUGGCAUAAAGCCCAGAUCAGGAGCCACGUGCACGCUCGCAGAGGGCGCAUGCACACGGAGAAGAAGAGGCAGCAGCAGCAGCAGCAUGUGGGCGGAAGCAAUAGCCGAGAAAGAAACAAACAAAUGAUGGAGGUAGUCAAGAGGUAGAAAGAAGGAAACAAAGACGGAGCUCGCAACUCUGAUGAAGCAACUUUUUUUUCCUCCCGUUUGUUUGGAUGUGAUGCUGGAACCACAGAGACACUCUGGUAGAAUCUUUCUAUAUUUUCACUGGGUUGCUGCAAUUGAAAAAAAAAAAAUUGACUGAAUCUUAUUUUGAGCAACAGUAGCUUGGCAACUUCACACCAGUUCAGCCGCAUGAGAGAAGCUGAAUAGAAACAAAAAUAAGAAAUAUAAUUUGGAUGCUGUGUUGAGUUCUUUCAGCUCAGAACAUGAACACAUGGGCUUGGAUUUAUACUGCUCUAUCUGACAUUCAUCCAAAUAAUCUUGAUCUUUGACUGCCACUUUAUUUUUGUAUGGUGUUAAUUUAAAAACAAACAAAAAAAAAAAAAAAAACACCCAAAUGGAUUUUAAUGAAGCCAAGCUCAUCGACUGCAUAGCAAUGAACAUAGUGUGUUGUCUGAAUACACUUUCACACUGUGUGAUGAGAAGAUUUAAAUGCAGUGAAUUUACAGACUAGAUCAGGUAAAAGUAUGUGUGAGACGUGAAGUUGGAGAGAGGGAAGUGCGAGGAGAGAACAUAUAGCGUACCUAUGAAUGUGUGUUAAAAGAGAGCCAGGUUUUGUCAAGUUUUAGAUGGAGCAGCUAUUAGCAGUGUUAGUCAGGAAUAAUGUUGGAAGUGCAACCACAAGACUAAAGAAACAGAAUCCAGCAAGCUUUUGAUGCAUGGUGGCUGUGGUCCACAUCAACACACAUGCGCAACAGAUGUUGAAAAUAUAAUAUUAUGGCAUGGUAAAAAAAAAUAUCAGAAGAAUAUUUUGAUUCUGAUUUCACAAAAUGAUAAAAGAAGCAUCUGUGAAUACUUACAGAUGCCUCACCCUUUUACUAUUCUGUAUUUAUGUUGACUCAGCACUGGUGCAUGCUGUCAUACCAACAUCUGUUCAACUGCAAAACGGUUGCUGCUGGUAAGAGAGGAGAACAGAAGGAAAACAAGAAGGUGAGAAAUGUGUUUGUAAAAAAAUACUAAUUAUUUUGUGAAACCAAAGCAGCUACAACAUAGGAGGAUGAAGGAGGAGGAGGAAGAGGAGGAGGAAUUAAAGUGACACCAUUUUCCACAUUUUGAAUAAAACUUCUGCCACCCAUUAACACCUAGUCCAGACUAGGGCCUGACACAUAUUGGUCCUCAUACUGGGGCAAUACUGAUACCAGGCUCUAACACUAACAAUAUGAUAAAGCAGUGUUUCCCAUCUACCAGAAGCUCAGUGGCACAUUUUUAGGAAACUUGAGUUUAGGAGGUCGGAAAUAUAAUUUUAUACAUAUUCCAUGGGCUAAUUGCUUGAGUGUUAAAAUGGGGCUACGUUAGCUAAUGGGGAAUAGAGAAAUUAAAGUGUGAAAACAACUUGACUUUCUCACAAUUUUUUUUUUUCUUCAUAUUUACAUGUUUCAGUAGUUGUAUGAAAUGUAUUAUUCCCCCCCCCCCGAUUUAUUGUUUUAUUUAAACAAUUGUUUUUCUAUUGUUCUUCUUAUUGUUAUUAUUAUUAGACACACUGCUCUUGUUUCUUUAUCUGUCAGUGCUGGCGCAACUCACUGCUGCCACCCAGUGUACAGAAAGGUUCUGACACAACAUUUCCUCGAACAUGCUGUGUAAAAUAUGAGGCAAUAAGUUGAGUGAUGUUUGAUGUGAGAAUGGCACAUUGGUGUGAGGAGUGUGAACCAUUACUUUGUGUAUAUGAAACCUGUAACUACACAGCUAAUGUACAAUGAUAAUAAAGAAAUUAUAAUCCCUAAAGA